UCUCAAAGACUCGACUCGCUAUGGAGUGUCAGACGUGUCCAUAAUAAAUAAAAAUUCUGUUUUAGUUAUUAAUAAUGCUUUCAACAAUUUUAUAAUUGUUCCAAUACAAUUUUCGAUUAUGUUAAUUUCGUGUGGUAUUUUGUUUUAUCCAAAUUCACCGCUGAAAUAUGGAGGAGGAUCUUAAUGAGAAUGAGCUAGAGGAACGGUUUUAUUCUAUGCGAUAUAAAGGUAAUGAGGCAGCCAAUUUGACCACUAACCUUAAGGAUGAUAACUUCGUGGUCAAGCGGCCCCAAACUAACAUACGUCGAUAUUGGCACACUAAUGAUGACCAUGCGUUACAAAAGGUUAAUCGAGCAAAACAACCCAACCUGUCCUCAAAUGAACCACUUAUUCCGGAAAAUAUAAAAUCCAAGGGAGAAAAAUGUAACGUAACUCCUUUACCUGCCGAUUUAUCUAUAUUUCAAUCUCCCGUACCGCAAAACAUAAAGAAAAGCAUAGAGAUAAUAGAAAACGAUGGACCCAUGAAUAUUGUAGAAUUGCAAUCAAGUGAUGAGGAUGAAGUUAUUGAGGUUAAAUUGCCACCAAAACCAACCAUUACUAUUGAGAGUUCAGACGAAGAUGAAAUUGCAGAAGUUUCAAACACCACUGAGGAGAAUGAGAAAAGUGUGCAUAAAGUAACACCUGAUAAAAUAACAAAAAAUAGAAGUGAUAGAGAUGUUUCCGCGAGUCCUGUUCCAUCAAUUGUGUCGUCAGUUUCUGAUGACUUUAUCCGCAGCGACUGCAUUGCACUCAAUAUAUCCUCCAAACAUCCAAACAAGCAAAGCUUCGACUUCAGUCUCCAUGGCUCUGAUAUAAUAGACCAAAGCUCUCCUCCUAAAAGAAAAAAAAAGAAGAAAAACAAAGAUAGCGUGACAUCUACACCCAUAACAAACACACCAACACCCUCUACACCAGUAGCUAAAGAAGGUGAAUAUUUUGCAACGCCAAAAAGUAAAGCAAAGAAUAAACGACAGAAAACUAAAAACUAUUCUGUAUCAGAGAAAAGUAUUCCAAAUGCUGAUGUUUACGAUUCAGACAGCAAUCAAUCUGGAAAUGGUAUUGAGAAAACUAACGUAUCUUAUACCUUUAUAGAUAGAAGUUUUCCACACGCUGAUGUUUAUGAAUCAGAUUCAAACCAAUCUGAGAAAACAAGUCCUGUAAAAACAAAUCAAAAACCAACAGAAGAAAAUAUUUGCUCGUCUUCAGAUGACAAUGUUAGUUCAGAAAAUCAUACGGAAGCAGAACAGACUCCGGAGUUGCUCCGAGACAAUAAUGAAACAGUAGAACAAUGUCAACCAACUAUAGACUUGACAGAAACAACAUUCGAUGAUACUAUAAUUGAUGAAAACAUUGUCAUGGCAAAUGUUACCGGUUUCCAAGUGGAACCAGAUAAUACUGAACAAAUGAAUACAAUUCAAAACGAUGCAACGAAAUUUGGUUCUACCAAAGUACCGGCGAUUCUAUACGAAGAUCUCGAUUUCGAUAAUCUAAAAGGUAAAGAGAAAUUUUGUAAGAAAAGGCGAUAUUCCUUGUCAACUUUACGAGCAGAAAUGGAGAAAUUUUACAAUGAAAGCUGGGGCGGAGAAAACUUUAAUCAUCGUGAAAUACAGAAAAACAUGUCCCGUGACAAAAGUUUGUGGGUUAUUGACCCCAAAGACAGAAUGCCCGGACUGUCCAGGAGGAAACCAACAUGUAAUUACUGCAACCGCACGGGGCAUCGAGAUGACACAUGUAGGUUCAAGCCGCCCGUGUGUCACAUGUGUGGGUACACCGGCCAUUACGAGACACGCUGUCCUAGGAAGAUUUGUGUUAAUUGUGGAUCUCCAAAUCACAUGUAUACAACUAUGUGCCGGAACUGUUCGAAUUGGAACAAUGUAAGGUGCCCUGAAUGUGGACAGAUCGGCCACCCUGCCAGCCACUGCCCCGACUUGUGGCGACGCUACCAUAACACGAUUACUUGUAAUACACCAUUAGAAGAGAAUCGGCAGAUGAAAAGGCAUCAUCAACUGUUCUGCAGUGGAUGUGCCAGACGAGGGCACCUCAUACAUACCUGCCGAUCUUCUCUGCCAUUCUCAGGUCUACCCAUCAAUUCUCCAUAUGUAUCCUUAUACAAUCCAAUAUGGAGUGAUAAACAAAACGAAAACACACCACAAAGAAAUCGACCGCUUGUACGUUAUUUUACACAAGACACACCAAAUCCGGCUGAAACUGUGUCAAAUAAAAAUGACAGGAACAAACGAUUAUCAAAUUCGCCUGUUUGUCAUGAAGGUCAUACGAAUAAGAAACGACACAUGUCAAAUUGUGAGGAAGUUGAUAUGAGUAGAAAUACAAACAGUCCUAUGACAACUGUUAACGGAAGAAAGACUCCACAAAACAAAGAUCAAUAUGAAGAUGCAACCAAAGUGGUUAAAGAAUCAAAUAAAGUAACAAAUGAUAAUAUAGAACCGCCUAAAACUAGUAUUGCAGCUGAAAAACAACCAGAUUCCGUAACAGUGUCCUCUUCCAAUCAUGAUAAAAAGGGACAAAUGAUUCAAGAUAAUGAAGUGUCAGACACAAGUGACGUUGUCACGACUGCAAGAAUUUAUGUUACCAAUGAAAUAAUGGAAAAACUUAAAGCUAAAGAAGGAGAGGAAUGGUUAAAGAAAUUUACACAGAAUAAUAAUGUAACUGUACAGAAAUCAGAUUCCAAUACAUUCAUAAGUAUUUUAGGAAAAGUCGGCGAUCAAGAAGCUUUUCAAUCCGAUCUUAGAGAAUGGAUACAAAGUCAAGAAAAUAGUGAUAAUGUGAAAACUAACAAUGGGAUGAAUCAAAAACAUGUAGAAAAUGAUUCUGAAAACUUCCUGUGCGUUAAUAUACCACGGAACAGGUACAAUCUUAUAAGAAAGAUAACCAAAGCUCUUGAUUCACUAAACGAAGAUUUAGGUGAUCCAAAGGACAUCUAUAAAGAACUUACUUAUUUACAAAAUCAUCAUCAACAACUUCUUAAACAGAAGCAAAUUAGCCCGAAGCAGUUGUCAAAUAAUCGGGACAACCUUAAUGAUGUUAUUAAAAAACUGAAUAUGAUUCUUAUCGGUCAAGCUGGUCUUGCCAAUGGAUCCAAGCAUUUAAGGCAAUUACGAAUACUUAAAGAAAAAUUAACGAGUUUUAGACAAAAAUAUAUACCGACAAAAAUGCGUUCGGAAAUCGGUGAACAUUAUCAUUAUGUAUUCACUGCUUUACCCAGAGAGGACUAUCAUGACUUGCUUAAUAAAUAUUAUGCUGUAAAAAAGAAGUUGAUAACAUUUAAAAAGAAAAAUAAUGAAAAAUCUAUGAAACUUGGUCCAGCAAUAGUAAGGAAAAAGUUGAAUAGAAGUUGGCAGAAGAAAAAUAGUAAAGUGGAAGUGAACGAGGCUGAUGAAGGUAACGCCAAAAAGAGUCUCGAUCAGACAAUGAAUAAAUUAGUAUUUUAUCACAGACGACUUAUGUGCGCUAAGCCACAUGAUAAUGUUCUAGACAAGACAAGAGUCGAGUUGGUGAACAAACUCAGUUCUCACAUCUCGUCAUUGGGACAAGAUUGUAAUAAGUCUCCGAAAUCCUUGAAGAAAAUGCGAAAGAGGAUGAGGGUGACUCAAGAACAAGCGCAGUUGUUCUUGACAAAUGUCUGAUGACUCUCUUGCACACAAGUCUGGCGCAGGAGGAAUAGUGCUAAGGAUAAUGCGCCGUAUACUGGAACAGUAAGGCAAAUGUGCGACCCCCUUAACGAAUGGGUUUAUUUAUAUAAUGUCACUUUUUCCGUUCAGGUGUAAUGGCACUUUUAUUGUGCGUGUGAAAUAAACUUAUUAGUU